UUCCCCUAGUAGUAGAUGACAAAAGUGCCAAGUCGACACCACUUCGUCGCCUUUUGUUGUCUUUUGUUCUCAACUGCAAUCUUUGAUCGUAAUUUUCGUGCACGUUAGCCUGAAACAUGACAUUAGGAAUGCAAGAAUAGUUGUUUGCAACCUUGCUGGGCAUGCGUGGUUUUCAGGUUCUACAAGUGCCGACAAGUCUUGGCAGUUGUAACUUUAGCUUCUAUAAUGUGACUUUUCAAACUGACAGCUGUCAAUAUCGCAUGCAAUUGUUUUAGAGUUAGGUCUUCCUAAAAAAGAGCAAAGCGAAAGACAAAAUUCAGUUUUCCACAGGGAACAACACUGUUGAGAAGGAUUGGUCUACUUCGGGAGAGAAUUUGAAGGGAAGACACUCAAGGAGAGGAGUCUACCGCAACUAUGAAGCGUUUUGUUUUCUUCAUAAUAACUUGGGCGUUGGUGGCGGCAGUGCCUCGCGAUAAUCCAGCUCAGGACGAAAACCAAGAAAAAGACCCUGACAUACCCAAAGACGAUUUUGAGAAUUCAAGGCAUUUUGCCAAAAAGAGUUUCCAGUUUCUUGAGGAAAACGUGCUGCAAGAAACUCUCAAUUGUGAAUACGGCAAACCAAGUUGUGAAUGCGAUGCAAACGCAACAGUUUGUAGAUUUAACCUUGAAAUUGACGAAAUUCGAACCUUCACCAGCUACCAAAAGUUAUCGGUGGAUGAACCUACGGGAGUUGCUAUGCGAGGAACCCAAGGAGUGAUCUAUUAUUUCGAUGCUGAAGAUGGGACACCUAGGCCUUUGCCACAACACGCUGAUAGGGCAUGUGCAGAUCUGACCAACAUUAACUGCACCUAUCCCCAAUUUGUAGAUGGUAAAACGUAUCGUUUGGCGAUAGCUGUCAAUGGACAGAUUCCUGGACCUACCUUGAUAGUUCACGAAGGGCAAAAUGUUGUAAUUCAUGUUCACAACAAUCUUACCUCCGAGGGUAUUUCAAUUCACUGGCACGGGAUGCACCAGAGAGGAACACCUUGGAUGGAUGGUGUAGGACAAGUGACGCAAUGUCCGAUAGGGCCUCAAUCGAGCUUUUCAUACAGGUAUGUUGCCAGUCCUUCUGGGACGUUUUGGUAUCAUUCUCACAGCGGUGCGCAGCGAACAGAUGGCUUCUAUGGUGCUCUUAUAGUUAAAGAAACACCUAAAAGAAUGGAACAAGUCCAAACUGAACUCCAACCGCAUGGUGUCGAUGCUACAUUUCAAGACCUUCCAGCUGAACACACUUUAACGCUUCUAGACUGGCAACAAGAGGCAUCCUUGGACCUGUUCACACAGAUCCAAGGUGCAGUGGGUUUCUAUCCAGGCAAAGAGCAUGGCGAGGUGCCUACACCCGAAGAUGUUAUCUAUACUCGCACUGACAGUUCUGAAGGAGCAGCGGUUGGGCCUAUACCGUACUUUUCUGGAAUUAUAAAUGGGAAAGGCAGGCAUACUGAUGUACCAUAUAAACAAACAAGACUGAGUAUAUUUACUGUCGAGGCCGGAAAUACAUAUCGCUUUCGGCUGGUCGGAGCCCAAGGACUCUAUGCUUACAGAUUCUCCAUUGAUGGCCAUAAACUGACUGUUGUGGGUACUGACGGCUAUUGGCUUGAGCCUGUAAAAGACGUCGAUUACAUCAUCAUCCAUACAGGAGAGAGGUAUGACUUUUUACUUCAUGCAACCAAUACAGAUGGGUUGAAUAACUACUGGAUGCGUGCAGAGACUUUGGAGGUUGAUACAAGUAGGUCCGAGCCACCCUACCAGUCACUAGGACAUGUGGCAGAGGCUAUUUUGCACUACAAGCAACCUGGGCACUCGAAUGAUCUGGAUGUUGAUGUGCCAUCAACACAAUAUCAAGACAUCAAAGACAAGUCUCCUCCCGUACAGUGCACACACGACGCCCCAUGCAAAGCAGUGAACUGCCCGUUUCAGGAAUUUCAUCCAUCAUAUAACAUCAAAUGUGUUAAUGUCCAAGACCUAUGUUUACUUGAGCCAACUCCACCUGAUGAGCUUCCAGAUGCAAUCCCUAAAGACCCUGUUGAGUGCCCAGAUUGCACACAUUUCAUCAACUUUAGUUUUGAGGGCGACUCUCAAACUAGUUCAGUUAAUGGGCGCAACUUCAUAUUCCCCUCCUUUCCUCCCCAAACCCAAAAUGAAGAGUUUGAAAACUAUGACAUAAAGUGUAGCCUUACGGCUGACUGUAAUCCAUUUACAACCGCGUGCACAUGUGUCCAUGUCAUAGAUAUUCCCCAAAACGAAACUGUGCAAAUGGUGUUUUCAGCAAUUGGUGUCAGAGACAACGCCCAUCCAAUUCAUCUUCAUGGCCACACAUUUCAUGUUGUUGGUGUUGGAUAUCCAGAGUAUAACGACACAACUGGUUUUAUUACAAACCACAACAGUGAUAUCUACUGCGAUGAUAUCAACUGUACUAAGGAGGGAUGCGACCCAAAUAGAUGUACCAGACCAAGCUGGAAAGAAACAUUUGAACCAGAUUUUUCCAUUCAUGACAAAACGGUCAGAAAGGACACGGUUAUGGUUCCUGCUGGGGGGUAUGUGGUCAUCAAUUUCAUAUCUGAUAAUCCUGGUUGGUGGUUUCUACACUGUCACAUUGAAAUACAUCAGCUCCAAGGAAUGGCAAUGAUUGUCAAUGAGAUUUCUAAUGAGCCGCCCCCAGUACCCGAAAACAUGAACAAGUGUGGAGACUUCGAGAUAAGUGACAACGGUUUUCACUCGUACAUCUCCAGGGUAAACUAUUAACUAAAAAAAGGAAGGUCCUAACAGUUUUAGAAGCUAUUGAAAUCCAACAGAACUAGUUAUUAGAAAACAUUCCGUGAGAAAGUUGUACUGUACUUCUAUUUAACUAUUGGAUUAUGGGUUGGAGAUUUCUAUAAGGUAAUAGCGGAUGAAACCAAAGGCCGGUGAUCAGGAGGAAGGAAUGGAGGAAAGGGGAAAUGGCAAAAACCCGUACGUCUGUCAUUCUUCAAAAUUUAUCGAACCCUCUUUAUGGAGAAAUAUUUCUUUACUUCCACCUUCUCCCCGACACACCCAUUAUUUGCCACUCACUGUAGCACCCCUCAUUCGACCUUUCCUUGCAUCCUGAUUACCUUCCUACUUAGCUUUUCAAAACAACGGUUUCACCCAUGCACUUAUAAUCCACAUUUAAUCUAAAGGAUGAAGAUUUUACAGCGGUUCAUCAAUCUUAUUAGAGCAUGGAAAUGUCAAUCAGAUAGAACCAUAGCCUUGAACAUAGAGUGGCAUUGGCGUAUGGCAUUUUAAUUUAGUUCAGUUUUCUUAAAAUCUGCAAUGACAUCAUGACAUCCGGCACUUAGUAUUUAGUAUCCAGUAUUUCAGAAUAGUUAUUAUAAUUUGUUACUUUUGAAUUUAGCUCUAUUCAUCUUCAACCUCAAAUAGCUUACAUAAAAUACACGCGCUGAUUGGAUUAUGAGUUCGAGAUUUCUAUCACGCAUAGAAAUCGAGAGCGAAUAAUGUAAUUGUUUUAGUAUAAAUCUACUAGUCGUUCAAAACUUGAUCUAAAUCAUAUUCACAGACAACUCGAAAACGCAAAGAAGCGGCUCUCACUUUAUUCACAAGCGCACAUUGCUACGCAACUCACUAUCUACAACAGAAUAGAUAGUGAGUAGCGUAGCCAAUCAGCGAACGGCAUUCGUGAUAGAAC